UCGAUUUAAAACGCCAACAUUUUCCAUCGCUGCCUCCAUUUCGCGUUCGUCUCAAUUAUUUUCGGUGCAAAGUUUUCCGCUUUUCUCCGUAAAAAUCCACACAAAUUGUCACGAAUCGGCGCUAUUUCAAUAAAUCGUUUGUGGCUGCACCCAAUUCCGAGCGACAAUAAUGGAAACCACGGAGAAUACCGACGCCAUCCAGGUCAGUUCGUUCCCCCUUCCGCCGGCGCAGUACUACAAGCUGUUCACCGAUGAAAACAUUCGGAACAACCGAGCACCGAAGCCGCCCGCACCGAUCCAGGGAACCUACCAGAUGUUCGGACAGCAGUUUAGUACCGAGGACAACAUCAUACGGCCAUUGGAGGCGCAGGGCUUCAAGCGGCUCUAUCCGCAGCACUUUGAUCGGAAGAAGGAGCUGAAGAAGUUGAACCAUUCGCUGUUGGUGAACUUCCUGGAUCUUAUUGAUCUGUUGGUGCACAAUCCGGACAGCCCGCAGCGGGCCGAGAAGAUUGAAGACUUAAACCUGUUGUUCGUCCACAUCCACCAUCUGUUGAACGAAUUUCGGCCCCACCAGGCCCGGGAAACGCUCCGGGUGAUGAUGGAGCUGCAGCAACGGCAACGGAUAGAAACUGCCCAACGGUUCCAAAACCACCUGGAGAAGGUCCGGGAGAUGGUGAAUAAUGCAUUUGCAUCCCUACCGGACCCGACCGAAUCGGACCGGCUGGGCAGCACGGCGGAACCGAUGGACACCGGUGACGAGGGUGAAGCGGGUAAGGCUCGCGGGGAAGGAUGCCACCCGGUGGAUCGACUGAUGUGUGAACUGGUGGAAAAUAUGUAGGUUGGUGUUUAGGUAUAGCUGCUAAGGUAUUACAGUACAGUGUUUGAUCAUAAGAUAUCCUCAAUGAACACUUACACUUGACCUAGCUGACCCAAAUGGAAUUUGGCAAUAUUCUGAAAACAUGUACUUUGUUAACUUGUAAACGGUCGAAUUCUCAAAAGGUUGCGUGUUCAAGUAAUAUUUUCUAGAUUUUCCCUCUACUAAUAAUAUCAUACAUAAUUAUUAAACCUACUACAAUAGACCA